AUGUACAGAGGAUAUGCCCACGUUCUCCGUGCUUGCAAGUACGGAGUAUUACAAGUACUUAAGGACUGCUACGGACGACAAGUGACCAAGUACACCUAUAGCCAGCUCCUCUUCCGCAGCCUCGUCACGCAGUCAAUCUUUUUUUCCUCCUCCACCUCCCCAUCGCACCAUCUUCCCCAUCUUCCCACCAGUCUGCGGUUUCACUCGCUCCUCCAAGCUGCAACACCGCCUGCCUGGCGGACGGCCUUGUUCCCUCAAGGUUCAGACGAGAAAAUCCUUGGGCGCGACGCGAUGAACGGCUUCACGGCACCAUUUGGUGGUGCGCCGCCAGCCUCGCCUUGGCAGGAACAUCACACGCCUGAUGGCCGAGCUUACUUCUACAAUUCUGCCACCAAAGUCACGCAAUGGACCAAGCCCGAGGAGAUGAUGACUCCGACCGAGCGCGCCCUGGCCGACCAACCGUGGAAGGAAUACACCGCCGAGGGCGGCAAGAAGUAUUGGUACAACACCGAGACGAAACAGAGCUCUUGGGAGAUGCCAGACGCCUACAGGAAUGCCCUCGGCUCCCAGGAAUCUCGAGGCUCCUUCGCCGCGCCGCCCUCGUACGGCCAGGGUCAGAACCAGAGUCAGAGCCAACCCCAUGGCCAGAGCCACCACCGUCAGGGCUACCGCGAUAGAGGUGCCCGUGAGCCGCGCGAUUCUCUGCCUGACAGUCGCCAGCUGGCUCGGGCUUUUGUUCCCGCUACCGACAGCGGCCCUGAAUACGCGACCAAGGCGGAGGCUGCGGCGGCCUUCACCAAGGCGCUCAAACGCAGUGGAGUGCAGCCGGACUGGACUUGGGAGCAAGCUCUUGUCGCCAUCGCCAAAGACCCUCUAUUUCGAGCCCUCAAGUCGCCAGCGGCAAGGAAAGUGGCCUUUGCCAAGUUUUGCGAGGAUGCCAUCGCCCAGGAACAGGAACGCGCCAAGGACAGACUCGCAAAGCUGAGGGCCGACUUUGAGACCAUGCUCAAGCGUCACCCCGAUAUUACCCAUUCAUCUCGAUGGAAGUCUGCUCGUCCCAUGAUUGAGGGCGAAACUAUCUUUCGCUCCACCGACGACGAGAAUGAGCGCCACCAGUUGUUUUAUGAGUACGUUGCACAACUGAAAGAGGCACACAUAGCGCGUCAGAAAACAGAGCGAGCCGCCGCUCUGGAUGGACUGACCGAGUUGUUGUCGAAGCUCGGCAUCACGGCCUACACUCGAUGGUCCGAGGGCCAAGAGAUGGUUUCUGCCGCAACCCACGGCCAUGCCAAAUAUCAGGCACUCACCAUGUUUGACACCUUGACCCGAUUCCAGGAUCAUAUCAAGUCGCUGGAACGUGACCUGAACGAGAAGAAGCAAAUGGACAAGAAAUCAAAGUACCGUCGGGACCGCCAGCACAGAGAUGCAUUCAAGGCUCUCCUCGCAGAUUACCGACGGGAUGGCCGUAUCAAAGCUGGCACAACCUGGAAGAGCAUUUGCCGCUCUUUCGAGAAUGACGAUCGCUACCGGAACAUGCUGGGCCAGGCCGGCUCAACUCCAUUGGAGCUUUUCUGGGAUGUUCUCGCGGAGGAAGAGCGCGCACUUCGAGGACCGCGAAACGACGUGCUUGAUGUUCUCGAAGACAAAAAGUUUGCCAUUGCCGCCAACACGACCCUCGACGAGUUCAUGUCGGUGAUGAAGGAUGACCGUCGCACUGCUCGAAUCGAUCCGUCUACUCUGCAACUCAUUUUUGAACGACUCCGCGAGAAAAGAGCAGCCAAGCGGGAGGACGAGAGACACUCCGAACGCCGGCAACAACGACACGCCGUCGAUGCUCUCCGUUUGUUCAUGAAACGCCUUGAUCCUCCGAUUAUGCUCGGUGACACGUACGAGCAGGCGCUGCCGCGGCUGGCGAAGUCAUCCGAGUUCCGGGCCGUUGCUUCAGACGAGGCUGCCCGCCAUGCCUUUGAUCGACACAUGCACCGGCUUAGGGAGAAGGCUGACGAUGGUCAUGAGCAUCGGGCUCAUCGAAGAAAUAGCCAUGCGAGUGAGAGAGACUUACCUCGCCGCACUAGGGAUCGGUCUAGAGGCGAAAGAUCUCAUCGUCAAAGACGUUCGUCUCGUCGUAGCCGCAGCCCAGAGCUUGACCCAUAUGAAGCGGAUCGGCGCCGGGCAGUCGCCGAGAGAGAGCGCAACCAUCGCAAGUCAACCAUGGCUGAGAGCGUGCUGUCAAGCGAUCGCGGCCGGCUUAGCCCGCCGCCGCGUCCAGACCGUGACUAUGAACGCCAUGGCCAUUCGCGUCGAAGUGAGGAGGGGCAUCAUGCGCGAGACCGAAGAGAAAGGGAGGAUGAACGCGAGCGACCGUACAGGCGAUCUGUUGACACGCGCUCCAUCGACGAGCUUAACUACGGAGAUGAGCGACCAGCGGGCUCCACAUCAUCCAGACGCCGACGUCCCGACGAUGAAGGCCACUCUCGCAGAGACUCGAGAGACUCCAAGAGACUCAAGACAGAAAAGGCCCAAGAGCCUGCUCCGCAGCGCGAUGUACCUCAGCGAAACAAAACAACCCUCGCUGCCCCCAAGGCAACACAAGACGCCAGAAGCGGUAGCGAGGAAGGUGAAAUCGAGGAGUAA